AGAAGCGGGAGCAAUGAUAUGGAAAAAGUGAGGAGAGCAGCGAAUGAGAUAGCUUACGCUCGCAACCCUCGUAAGCUCUGUCGUCUUCACCGCUCUCUCAUCCCUCUCCUUUCCAUUUCCUCCUCUCUCUACAAACUCUCUCUCUCACUUCGCCACUCUCUCUACCGACACGGCUUCUUCCCAGUCCACCGUUUGCCAGUUGCUGUUGUUAGCGUUGGGAAUUUGAGCUGGGGAGGAAAUGGGAAGACGCCCAUGGUUGAGUUUAUAGCUCGCUGGUUGUGUCAUGUUGGAAUUUCACCUCUCAUUCUUUCAAGGGGUUAUGCAGGUGGUGAUGAAGUCAACAUGCUUCGUAGGCAUUUAAUUUGGACACCAACUAAGUUUGGUGUUGGCGCAAAUCGAGCUGCGGUUGCAAGUCAAUUCAUCCAAAGAUAUGGCUAUGUUGAUACCAGAGAGAGUUCAUGGUAUAGGAAACAGCAGCUGGGUCAUGAGUUGAAUGUUUCUGUUGAUUCAGAAAAUAUUGGUGCUGUAGUUCUUGAUGAUGCAAUGCAGCACUGGAGUUUGUGGCGUGAUUUGGAUAUUGUAAUGGUUAAUGGAUUGACUCUUUGGGGCAACCUUCAGCUUUUGCCACUUGGACCUUUGAGGGAACCCUUGACUGCACUUAAACGAGCAGAUGCAGUUGUAAUCCAUCAUGCAGACCUGGUGUCUGAGAAUAUUCUCAAGGAUAUUGAGUCAACAAUCCGAGGAAUCAAAGAGUCGAUUCCACUUUUCUUAACAAAAAUGGAUCCAACUUACUUAUUUGAGGUGGGUAAUACCAAUGCCAAUAUACCGUUGACAGCUCUCCAUAAAGCUACUAUAUUAUGUGUUUCGGCUAUUGGUUCCGCAGAAUCUUUUGUGAAGAAAAUUCAGAAGAUGGGUGCACGUUAUGUGGAUCGAGUAGAUUUCAGUGAUCAUCAUGCAUUCCAUGUCAAGGAUAUUGAGUUGAUCAGAGCCAAGCUAAGAGAAUUAGAGGGCAAGUUUGGUUCCAAGCCCAUAGUUGUUAUUACUGAAAAGGAUUAUGAUAGGGACCCGGAGAUUCUCAAACAGCUGUAUCCAUUUAAAACUUUUGUUCUGUGUUCUGCAUUGAUGGUUAUGUCCUAUAAAGGAAGCACAGAGGAUAGCUUUAAGAAUUUUCUAAAGGACCACUUGAGAUUAAAAUUUCCUGCAGAAAAUUAGUCUUAGGUUGUUGUAAGCUCUGCUUUUCAUGCAUGCAUAUGGUUAAGUAUCCCAGUAUCAUUUGAUAGGCCCUCUCUUUUGCAGCCAUGUUACUGGUCCCCGAAAUUACUACAUUGAUUAUGAGUAAUGUUAGUUCUACA